UCAUUUCCCUCCUUCCUUUUUUUUCUAUUUCGCAUUCGCUCCUAUUCUUCGCGCGCUUCUAGCCUGGGUGACCCUCCAUUGCCCCUCUUUUGCACUUCAGACAUAAUCCCCUUCUUCAAUCUUUUCAAAAUCUUUUCUUUUUUUCUUUUUCAAUCCAAAAUCUCAUUCGAAUCCAGUUGAGCCCCAACACUGUUGAAGGCGAUUUGACCGCUGGAUUGAGCUUCCAACUGCAGUGUUAGCCGCACUGACGUUGUUUGUGGCAGCUGUUUCGCUGGUUCGUUCUUCUUCGUUGGAAGGACCACUCAGAGAUAGAUGUGACUUCAGGAUUUUUUUGUUCUGUUUUGGUUCAGCUCCACAUUGAUUUGUUCAAGCAGGAAAUUUAAAGAACAAAAUGAAAAGUUUUGGCAGCAAAUGAAACGGACCAUCAAUAACACUGUCACAUAAGGAAGAAAGAAACAUCCAUUACUGAAUCACAAAUGCAGUCCAAGAUCAGUGCUUUCUUCAGAUCCACCCAAGAUUCCUCUUCUCCCAACAACGACCAUGAUUUGUCAACCUGGGAGAAUCAGCAACAUCACAUCAUCAACACCUACACCCGAAGGCGCGUAAAUCCUAACCCCGGUACUUCGGAUCCCAAACCGGUAACACUCGCCAAAAACAAGAAGAGAAGCUACGCUCAGUUUCAUCUUGAUUUUGGCCAAUCCGAUUUCCUCUUGCGCUCGUGUUCUACAUGCGGCAUAAAGUUCACUCCCGGUGAUCCACAAGACGAGAAAUCCCACAAUGAAUUUCACAAAUCAUACACGCAGGGAAUCCUAUUCAGAGGUUGGACCAAAGAAAACGUUAUUCCUCUACCCAGUUUGGAUUCGGGUCGGGUCGUUUUGUUCUUGGAGACCGACCGGUCUUCUCACAGGAAGAAAGUUGAAGAGGUGGUGAGGAUGAUGGAAAUUGAGAUUGGAAGUGGGUGGAUACUUCAGGAGCGCUGUAAGGUGUAUCUGUUUGUUUCUCUGAACAGGGUUGCUGGGUGUCUCGUUGCGGAACCAAUUGAAAAGGCAUUCAGAGUUGUGUCUGGCUCUGUUCACAGUGCGAAGAAAAGGGGAGUAACGACACGCUCUACCACUCUUCAAUUUGGGAAUGUUAUUUUCCAAAGGGAGGUCCAUAGAAAAGUUGCUAAUGUGAGUGAUUCUGAAAAGAUGGAAGGGGCAAUCUUCUGUUCCAGCGAACCAACCGCUGCUGCUGUUGGCAUUAGGGCCAUUUGGGUUACUCCUUCCAACAGAAGAAAAGGCAUUGCAACCCAGUUGCUAGACGCAAUGAGGAAGAGUUUCUGCCCCGGUUUUGAGCUUGAACGUUCUCAGUUAGCAUUUUCCCAGCCUACCUCUGCUGGAAAGGCAUUAGCAGCUAGUUAUACUGGCACUGAUUCAUUCUUGGCAUAUUAGAGCCAACAAAACAGUUUAUCAGUGAUUACUUAUCUUGACUGUUAAUAGGUAUAAAUGUAAGUUAUUCUUGUAAAGUGUAACAUGUUUUGGCUCACAUAAGCCAUGAAUCUGUCAUCUCGUUGUUUUUUUGUCGGUGCUAGGCCUUGUCAUUGUGAGUUGAUCUUACCAUUUAGUUCUUGAGAGUCAAGAGUUAGCAUGUAUUGGAGAACAUCCAUUUGAAGACUACAACUAUGACUGACAUUUAAAGAUGUAUUUUGAAACUGCAAACUGAAGUUCACACUUUCCAAGUACUAAAGCAAGAAAUUGUAUCUUAUUUUUGGAUUUUUUUUUUCUGUUGACUGUUCGCAGGUUUUAACUUCAAGCCUAACACACAGAG